GUCUCUUGAUAUUAGUGUGGUGAUUCAGUUCUCAGCCGUUGGAUAGGUCCAUCUACAUGAAAAAUGGUUGACAUGAGUUCAAGUGCAGACAUGAGAACAUACCGUGGAAUUCUGGCUAUAGGGAAUGAUAUAAAGAAGCUGAAAUUGGAAAAACCGGACAACUGGAAACACAAGACUUAUUGAAAAGGAAUCUUCUCUUGCCUUUCCCAUUCCAUGUCAUGUGACCCAAUCUUCCUAACUGUACCUGUAUUACGCUACAAUGAUGCUUGUUUCCACCUCAUUCUGUCGUCGCUGUUGGAAUCGCUGUGUGUUGAACACCUGGGUUCGAUCAUUUUCAACCACCAAAUCUCAUCAGAUAACUGAGGAAGUCGCAAAGCUUUUAGAAUUAAAAGCCCAGCUUGGCGAAGAUGGACCCAAGAAAUUUACCCUCAAAACUCCAAAGGGCACGAGGGACUACAGUCCACAGCAGAUGGCUAUACGAGAAGGUGUGUUCAAAACUAUUGUGGAGUGCUUCAAACGGCAUGGAGCAGAAACCAUUGAUACUCCAGUGUUUGAACUCAAGGAGACCCUUACUGGGAAGUACGGAGAAGACUCUAAACUGAUCUACGACCUGGCAGAUCAAGGUGGGGAGUUGCUGUCUCUACGUUAUGACCUCACUGUACCAUUUGCUCGUUACCUGGCAAUGAGUAAAAUAUCAAAUAUAAAGCGUUACCACAUAGCACGUGUGUAUCGGAGAGAUAAUCCAGCUAUGACCAGGGGGAGGUUUAGAGAGUUCUUCCAGUGUGACUUUGACAUCGCAGGCCAGUACGAUGCUAUGAUCCCGGAUUCUGAGUGUGUCAAAAUCGUGGUGGAGAUCCUCCAGUCCUUAAAUCUUGGGGACUUUGUUAUAAAGGUCAACCACAGAAAACUACUAGAUGGAAUGUUUGCAGCUUGUGGUGUACCAGACGAAAAGUUUAGAUCUAUCUGUUCUGCUGUAGAUAAAUUAGACAAGACAUUUUGGGAAGAUGUGAAAGCUGAAAUGGUGGAUGAGAAGGGUUUAGAUCCUGAGGUAGCAGAUCGGAUAGGACAUUAUGUCAAGUUUAAUGGUGGCCCAGAACUUGUGGAUCAGUUAUUGAAGGACGAAUUUUUAUGUAAACAAAAGUCUUCUAUAGAGGGGCUGGAGGAUAUGAAGCUGUUACUGAGAUACUGUGAGCUGUAUGGUGUUCUGGACAAGGUAUCAUUUGAUCUGAGCUUAGCGCGAGGUCUGGAUUACUACACCGGUGUUAUAUACGAGUCUGUUCUUAAAAGUUAUGCGUGUACGCCUGGGGCCUCCGAGGAUGGGGUCAGUGUGGGAAGUGUGGCAGGAGGAGGGCGGUAUGACGGCCUGGUGGGCAUGUUUGACCCCAAGGGCAAGAAGGUGCCCUGUGUGGGAGUCAGUAUAGGCAUAGAGAGGCUGUUCUCUAUCAUGGAGGCCCGAGCACAGGCAGCCCAUUUAAAAACUAGAACCACAGAGACAGAGGUGUUUGUUGUCUCAGCUCACAAGGGCCUUGUAGAAGAAAGAAUGAAGCUGUGUAAAGACUUGUGGGAUGCAGAUAUCAAGGCUGAGCAAUCCUAUAAGAAGAACCCUAAGCCUUUAGACCAGUUCCAGUACUGUGAGAAUACAGGUAUUCCUCUUUGCUUGGUGCUAGGUCAGUCUGAGAUAGACUCUGGAGUCGUGAAGAUCAGAAACACACAGACAAGAGAAGAGCGUCUUGUGCCCCGAAACACUCUCAAGGAAGAAUUACGACAGGAACUGUCACGAAUAAAGGCAGGGAAAUCUGAAGGCAAUGUGGCAACUUAGCAGCGAAACACACUCCAAAUUUGUCUUGUAAAGGACCAUUGCUACCUGUUACAUGCAAUUUGACCAUCAUAAUAUGCUCAUGUCUGUAGAAAAAUUCCUUCAAACACUUCAAAGCUGCUGUCAGUACUUCAUGACAAAAUGGCCAUGUCUGCUUCUCAGUGAAAAAUUUGGUGCAUAGCGGCGUAGAGACUAAAACUUAAAUUACAAUAUUGUACUUGGUACACCUCAUGAAGCAGCUAAAUUCAUCAUGCUAAAUAUGUGAAUUCUUCAUGCUAAAUAUGUGAAUUCUUCAUUUAGCUAAGUAAUAUUGACAUGAGUGUGUCUCUGAUAAAUCUUCAAAAAUGAUUUACGUACAGAUGUUGCUUUUCUGCUCUAAAUGUAUGGCUGUAUUUUUGUAGAAUGUUCAUAAAAAAGGGGAAUGGGUGCAAUUGUAUAUACAACCAGAAUAUGUCAAAUCAAAACCUUUCACAAAAAUUUCUUACUUCCAAUUCCUGACAUUCUGUAUAUACAUGUACACAUUUGAAAAUGGUUUGGAUACAUCAUGGAGUAUGCAGGCCACUGAAGGUUAUUGUUGUAGCAGUUGUUGAAGGGUUUAGUGGUGUUUGUUGUGCAACCCAAUACCGUUGAACCUGGUUUCGUCAUUUGGUGGAUUUGACGAGGUACAAAGAAGGUUUAGCAGAAUCGGGUUACAAAACAAACAGCAAGACGGUGUUAAAGUCGCUGUUCUACCCCAAUAAAUAAAGAAAACAAGGCAAAAACGACAUAUUUCAUGUAGCUUUUGGCUGCCGUUCUCCUUCUUUCACUCCACGGAGUUUAUACAUUUUAGACCAAUCAACGGCAAGCUUAUUCCAUUGAAGUUGACUACUACCCCGUUCACACGGGCCAAGUUAAGCUGGCUUAAAUUCGAAAGUGACUUUGAGCCAGUUUGACGUUGCUCGUGUGAGUGCAAGGCGGGGGCAUUUAAUCCAGUUUAUUUGUACCCGCUAGCGACGCGGCUUUAAGCCAGUUUCAGGUCUUGAGCUGGUUUGUUUGUGUCAUGUGAAUGGUAACUCGAAUACAUGCUGUGGAUAUGUGGAGGUCAGGAUGACAUCGUAAUUACUAAACCGGCUUAAAUGUGAUCGUGUGAAUGGUCAAAUCCCUGAACUGGCUUAAAACAGGCUUGGCCACAUGGUCGUGUGAACGCAAGCAUUCUCACAUCUGUCUUCGAUUUAAACCACUUUAUCCGGUUUAAACUUUGACUGUGAACGGGGUACUAGAUAUUUCAAAGCUACGUAUGAAUGACGUGUCUCAUUGUUGAGUGACGUAGGAAUGUAUAAAUCCCAAAAGCAAAUCUAACAAGUAAACAAACUCGAAUUGUUUUAUUUGUAGACAUAAAUAGUAUGAAAUCAUAUUACUGGGGGGAGGUAAACGUAUCAGCCGAUGUGUUGUGUGACACUCGAUGUUGUUUCAAAGGUCAUCUCUAUUUAAUAUGUAUAUCUGCACACGGCCCGCAACUAGCAGCGGGGAAUUGAUAUCCGUUACAGCAUUGUUCAUAUUAGUAUGCAUACUAAUUUAUUGUGGGUCCUUUUCUGAAAUUGUAUUAAACCAUUUACAAAUGAACAUAUGGUUUCUGUUCGGCAUCUGUUAGGUGACUAUG